AUGCUUCCCGUCGUUUUCGCCGCCGGGCCACCCACCGCAUGGCGCCAUGGGUCCGUGGUCGGAGCGCGAAUAAAGAAACCGAACCGCCUCAGCGCAUGGUAUUGCCUGGCCCUGUGUGCUCGUCCCGCCCGCGCCGAGCCUGUUUUCUCCUCGCCGGUCCGUGUUCGUCCCGGCGUAGCCAUAUAUACCCAGACCUCAGUUUGGUUCAGCACAGCAAGCACUCAACCUCCCACUCCCGGCGCACCAACCCACUGCCAAGCUAGCUACGCGCACGAGCUCUCCAUGGCCGCAUCGGUAGCCUGCGCCUUCUUCUUCGACGCCGAGCCGGUCGGCGAGCCCGGCGUGCACGCCCUGGACGCGUGCGCGCUCUGCACCAAGCCGCUGGCAAGGGACAGCGACAUCUUCAUGUACAGAGGGGACACGCCCUUCUGCAGCGACGAGUGCCGGCACGAGCAGAUGCAGCUGGACGCCGCCUGCGCCAGGCAGGCGGCCAGGGCGGCCGCCCGGAGGCAGAAGCAGUUCUCUUCAGCAACGGAGUCCGGGCGUGCACGCCGGGAGUCCUGGGAGGUGUCCGUCGCGAGCUAA